UCCAGCAACAGCAAGUUCAGCAACUUAUCUUUGUCUGGACUCCACAGCCUCCUCUUGCUGCCACCAAAGUCCAUUGAGUAAUUCUAUCUCUCACCUCUGUAGUCCCCUCCGAUUGUUACCUUUCAACUGUUCCCAGCAACCCUUCCCCUUCCAUCUCACUCCAAUCCCUCUCUCUCUCUCCAAACCAUCGAAGCCCAACCCAGAUCACACAGCUCUAAAAAUCUUUCAAUCCAUUGAAUAGCAGCACCAAUUUUUCUCCAGGAUACCCAGAUCACAAAAUCUUGAAUUUUCUGUAUCUAUAUCUCUAUACACAGACAUGGGUUCAGACACUAACUUGACCUCAACCAUCAAGCCCAUCCCAGUUCCAACUCAAGAAGAAGACCCACCAAACCCAACCACAGCUCUCCUCUCCUUCAACACAGACAACCCCUCACCUCCUCCACCAUCAAAACCCUUCACCACCACCCUCCUCUUCAUCUCUCUCCUCCUUUCCACCUGCAUCGCCUUCUCCGCCGCGGCCGCCUUCGCCUUCCUCUUCUUCUCCUCCUCCUCCUCCUCAAAACCCCAUUCCCAAUCCCCACCAAAUUCCAAUCAUACCCCUCAAACCCUGACCGAUUACGCUCGUCCGCUUAAAAGACUCAAUCAUCCAGUUGUCCUCUUGAUCUCCUCAGAUGGUUUUCGGUUCGGGUACCAAUACAAGACCCAAACCCCCAACAUCGAUCGCCUGAUCGAAAACGGGACCGAGGCCGAAAUGGGUCUGAUUUCUGUUUUUCCAACCCUAACUUUCCCAAACCAUUACUCAAUUGUCACCGGUUUAUACCCAGCUUAUCAUGGGAUUAUUAAUAACUAUUUUACUGAUCCACAUACUGGGGAGUAUUUCAAUAUGGGCAGUCAUGAGCCCAAGUGGUGGUUGGGUGAACCCUUGUGGGAGACUGUGGCUAACCAUGGCUUGAAGGCUGCAACCUAUUUCUGGCCUGGCUCUGAGGUAAAAAAGGGUUCUUGGACUUGUCCUGAGGGUUUAUGUAUGUUUUAUAAUGGUUCAGUUCCUUUUGAGAAUCGUGUCGAUACUGUUUUAGAGUACUUUGAUUUGCCCGUUGGUGAUAUUCCAGUGUUUAUGACAUUGUAUUUCGAGGACCCCGAUCAUCAGGGUCAUCAGGUAGGACCUGAUGAUCCUGAGAUCACUGCUGCAGUUGCUAGGAUUGAUAGGAUGAUUGGGAGGUUGAUUGAAGGGUUGGAAAAAAGAGGGGUUUUUGAGGAUGUGAACAUAAUUAUGGUGGGUGAUCAUGGGAUGGUUGGUACAUGCGAUAAGAAGUUGAUUUUUCUUGAAGAUUUGGCACCAUGGAUUGAUGUUCCGAAGGAUUGGGUUCAAUCUUAUAGUCCAUUGCUUGCAAUUCGUCCACCGGCAGGUUGGUCUCCGGCAGAUGUGGUGACAAAGAUGAACAAAGGAUUGAGUUCGGGGAAAGUGGAGAACGGGCAAUAUUUGAAGGUUUAUCUAAAGGAGGAUUUGCCUAGUCGGCUGCAUUACUUUGCAAGCGAUAGGAUUUCGCCCAUUAUAGGGCUGAUUGAAGAGAGUUAUAAGGUGGAACAGAAGGGAUCGAAGAGAAAAGAGUGUGGAGGAGCACACGGUUAUGACAAUGCGUUCUUCUCAAUGAGGACUAUUUUCAUAGGCCAUGGUCCUCAAUUUUCUAGAGGAAAAAAAGUCCCAUCUUUUGAGAAUGUGCAGAUAUACAAUUUGGUCACUUCCAUUCUCAAUAUACAAGGAGCCUCCAAUAAUGGGACCACGUCGUUUCCGGAUUCUGUUAUUUUACCUAGCCACUGAUAUCCAUGGAGCUAGCAUUUCCGAAAUGGAAUCUGUUAUGAGGCCGUAAGUAUUCUGCAGUGCUUGAUCUUAUAUUAUGCAGAUUACAUCGUGAUGGAGUAUUUCCUGUGGGCUUUACACGAGGUAAUAAACCUAUAUCCUUGGCAAUCAGUUGGGUCACCUUUUGACUAGGGUAUAUGAGAAAUAAUGGAGAUCCUUCCAUUUUCUUGGCUCCUAUGUUUUGAUCUGCACAUGUAAAAGUUGCAGCAUAGCAUCUCAAUUGUAAUCUUGUAGAUUCUACAGCUAGCGCUUGGAUGUUUGUAGAUGAUGUGUAUUGGGAUUUUAGGAAUUUAUUCAUAUUAUUGAUUCAGAUUUGGAUGA